CAGUUUAGCCAUUGCAGCAGAAAGGAGACGUUAACUUGAACCUCACACAUCUAUAAUUUUAAAAUUCAAACCAGUAACGGCAUAUUGAUAAAUAAAAAAAAUGUCUCGAAGCCAAGAUUUAGUUGACCAAUUUGAGCAAUUAUGUGAGCUCCAAAAAUCUGCAUCAAUACAAAGUGAAUUUACAUUAUCAGAUGAAGUUACCAAUAUCAAUUGUGUUCUUGAAAAAAACGCAACAGUCAUAAAUGAGCUCGUCUCAUAUUUGAAUAGUACUACUAUAGAUACAGUAAAUGGUAGAACAUCCUCUAAUGUAAUAUCAGUUGGGCAAGAAAGUGCUCCAUUAUUGGUGACCUUACAAAGGUCGGCUACUAAUAUUUACAAUAUGAAUACCAAAAAUAAGUUUCAUAAUUUAGAAGAAGUUACUCAAGAUAAAAUGUGUAAGGCAGAUGAAGAGCUUAAUUCUCUGGAUGAUUAUAUUAAGAACACAUCAAAGUUCGUACAGAACUCUAAAUAUCUUUUAAAGCAUUUGAAAAGUAUACAAAAUUUUGAUAGUUCUAUUCCUGAAUUGUCAAGCUUUUUCAUGGCUGGUAUUGUAACAUCUUCGCCACAAACUUCGCCAAGGAAGUGUAUAGAAUUGUAAUAAGUAAAUUGAAGUAAAUUUAAAAAAUAAAUCUAUGAAUCUUUU